AAGUCCGCUUCAACCUCCGAACUAAGUCAUUUCUCUCUCUCUCUCUUAUCGUCGUCUUCUCUCUCGUCAUUUACACUUUCAUGUGCAAAUUAAGGUCUCUCGUGCACACACACUGAGACUACCAAGAAAACACAAAAAGCAUUGAUAAACACACCAAACACUCGGAAAUAUUGGAUACUAAAAUAAAAUGGAGAAGCCCAAGAAGAAAUGCACUAUCGAGCAAGAGAGGCAGAAGAUGGCGAUCAAAGUAGGCGGUGGUCUUGGUGGAGUUGUUGUUUGGGGUGGAGCCUUGGCUAUUGCUACUUUGGUAUCUGUUUCUGCAAUCAAACUAAGAAAGAGAAGCAGAUCCACCAACAACACCCUCCCUCCACCUCAGCCGCCGCCGCCGCCGCCGCCACCACCACUAGUAUCAACCAAUCUUCAUUCCCACGAUUUGGAAUUGAAUGACAAUAAAGAUCAAGGAAGUGAAGGUCUUCGUGCACUUGUUCAACAUCCUAUACAUCACCACACAAGCAGCGAUGGAGGAGCAACGGAUAUGGGCAUAACCUAGAUUGAUUCUACGCCAUUGAUCUUCGCUGAAAGUUUGAUUUUGAAUAACAGCCAAAAGGAGAAUUCAACCUAUGGUAGUGAUCAAAGGAUUUUGUAUUCUUCUGAUGAUCCGAAACCAGAAAGCAGAGGGUUGACCAUUGAUCAUGAUGAUGUCAAAAUUCUAGAGUUCUCUUCAUCAAUCUCCUCCCACACUCUUGAUUCCCUCCUCAAACCUGAAAAAGAGUAUACAGAAAACAUGCCUGUGGUGUCAGAGGUCAUUAAAGUUACGAGUGAUGAAAAGGCAAUAGAAGCACCUAUUGGUAAUGCAGAUCAGAUUGAAGAAGAAGAAGACAGUCCACAACUGCAAUCCAUAGGAGAAGAUCAGGAAAAGGAAGAGGAAGAAAAAGAAUAUGGUGAUGGAGAAAAUAUGGUAGAGGAAGGUGUCAAAAUCCAAACAGCUCUAGUAGAUCAGAUUGCAGUUGAAGAAGACCCACGAGUGCAAUUGAAUCACGAGGAGGAAGAAGAAGAAGAUAAUGAGGAAGACACAGUGGACAAAGGUAUCACAGUUGAAACAGCUCCGGCGGAUCAGAUUGCUGUUGAAGAAUACACACAAGCGCAAUUGAAUCAAGAAGAGGAAGAUAAUAAUGGGGAUGAAGAUACAGAGGAGAAAGGUGUCGCAGUUGAAACAGCUCAGGCGGAUCAGAUUGCUGUUGAAGAAGACACACAAGCGCAAUUGAAUCAAGAAGAGGAAGAUAAUAAUAAGGAUGAAGCUACAGAGGAGAAAUGUGUUGCAGUUGAAACAGCUCAGGCGGAUCAGAUUGCAGUUGAAGAACACCCACCAGCGCAAUUGAGCGAAGAAGAAGAAGGAGAAGAAGAAGAGGAAGAUAAUGAUGAGGAUGAGAGGGAGGAGGAAGAACAUAUAGUGGAGAAACCUCCUACCAUUGAAACAGCUCAGGUGGAUCAGAUUGCUGUUCAACAAGAGCCACAACCGCAAUUGAAUCAAGAAGGAGAAAAAGAAGAUAAUGAGGAAGACAUAGUGGAGAAAGGUGUCACAGUUGAAACAGCAUGGGCAGAUCAGAUUGCUGUUGAAGAUGACUCACAAUCACAAUUGAGUGAAGAAGAAGAAAAUAAUGAUGAAGACAGUGUUGAUGAUGAGGAGGAAGAAGAUAUAGUAAAGAGAGGUGAAGAGAGCUCGGAAGGAACAGAGGACUCGUCCAUGGAAUCCAAUGCGGAAGCAAUUUGGCCAACAGAGUCGAUGAAAAAAUUGUCACACGAAUUCAGAAAAGUGAAGAUAGAUAACCACAAAUUAGCAGAGAAGAUUGAGGAAGAGGAUACAACAUUCAAAACAGAAGUUGGUUGCCUAAACAAGAAUGAGAUCAGUGAAAUUUAUGAUGAUAACCACGAAGAGAUUGUGAAAUCAACAACGGCUUCAAUCAAGAGGGAUCAAUCAGAGAUGUUGAGUCUGAUUACUCAGACAACAAAUUCACCCAACCUCAGAAUUUGGAUAUGGUCAAUGGUGGUGCUCCUCCUCCUACUGGGACUGGUGGCGCCGCUGCUAAUUUCGCUUACCCAAAUGGUGGAGCUUUUUCCCCUAAAUUAAUUCUAGAUAAUAAAAUUUUCAAAAGUGCAGAUGCAGAUAUCAUACUCUUCUGGUCCUUUGUUUUUUUUAACUUAUAUAUUAUAUAAAUAAGAGUUUCAGAAGUUUACUGUGCUGCU